AUGCCGACCUAUAGACGACUACGCCAUGCUUCCUUUUCAUUCUCACUGGAAACGCUCUUGUUCUACAUGUACGUCGAGAAAGACCUCACAGACAACGCCAACUUGCUCAAGAAACCAGACUCAGCGCCUGAAUGGCUGAUUAGCAAAAUGAUUGUUGAUAUCAACAUUCGCAGUGUCUCUACUGAUCGUGAUGGCAGAAUUCCUCUGCAAUACUACACCGAAAUCCCCUACCUUUGUGAAGAUAUACAGGAGUACAACGUCCUAUCCCUACGUGCUAGUAUGCCUUCGUCAGGAUGGACAAGCAUACGUGACGAGUUCAACAACCGGCACACCGGGAUCGAAGUCCUUGUUGUAGCUUGCGAUUUGUGCUCCAUGGGCGUAAACCUUCAUCAAGAAUGCUCUGAAGUGGUGUUUCUAGAGCCGGCCAUCCACGUCAAUAUGACAUUGAGUGCGAUCAAACAGGUCCAUAGCUUGCAGCAGGGGCGCAAGCAGCGAAUUUGGAUUCUAUCAAGGGCGAGCACAUUUGACCCGCUUGUGGAAUUUAGACAGACUGACCAGAUGCUUCCACAAAUCAUUGGAAUGACACAAGAAUCGUUCCGCGACUUGAAAGAUAAACUCGCUGCACAAUCAGGCUAA